ACUUAACCCAGGCUUGUUCUCAUACCCUCUCCAAGUCAUACCUCGUGUUCCAAGGAUGACGAUUCAGUUUGUGACCUUUGGGAUGUUUAUCAUCGAUGAAUUCUCCUUUGCAGACGAACAAGGAAAGCCUACUGGAGAGACGGUGCCACCUCAGAUCGGGGGUGGAGGGACAUAUGCUACUAUCGGCGCGCGCAUCUGGUUGCCUUCUGAUACCCUUGGGAUGAUUGUUGAUCGAGGAAACGACUUUCCUCAGGAGAUCCAAGAUCGAUUGCUAACAUACGGGUCUGACACAUGGCACUUCCGUGACGACUUGGAUCGCGUUACGACUCGCUCAAGGAAUUUCUACAGAGGGGAAUAUCGAGGUUUUGAAUACAUUACUCCGCGGAUCAGACUAACCCCUCGCGACUUGGACGGCACACGACUGAUGCGUCCUGCUUCCGUUCAUUUCAUUUGUUCACCCACGCGUGCGCUUCAAAUUAUAUCAGAAAUCCAAGAGAGUAGAGGAUGGAACCCAACCGCAAUCUUUGAACCAAUACCUGACAGAUGUGUUCCCGAGGAGUUACCUUCGCUGAAAGCAGUCCUGCCGCACAUCGCAAUCCUCAGUCCAAAUGCCGAGGAGGCCUUAAGCCUGCUUUCUCUUCCGACGAUUGUUACGAAAAUUGCCGUGGAAAAUGCUGCAUCGGAGUUUUUGAAGAUGGGGGUGGGUAAAGAAAAUAGUGGAAGUAUUAUAAUACGCAGUGGCACCCUCGGUGCAUACGUCAUGACUGCCGACAGUAACGGGCGAUGGAUCGACGCAUUCUGGAGUUCUGGUGAGAAUAUCGACAAGGUGGUCGAUGUCACAGGUGCUGGCAACUCUUUUCUUGGUGGGCUCGCUGCGGGAUUGUCCAUCACAAACGGAAAUGUCUAUGAAGCAUCACUAUAUGCUUCGGUGUCAGCCUCUUUCACGAUUGAACAGCUUGGUCUUCCACACCUUACGCUGGGUUCCGACGGGGUGGAAGAAUGGAACCAAGACUCCCCACACAGACGCCUCGAAAUUCUGCGGCAACGAAUGACAGAAAAAUAGAAAAUAAAAAU